AUGUCGUCAAAUCCGUCUCAUACAAUACAGCGCCAACCAAGGUACAGUUUGCCAGUACUUCAACUGAAUCAACAGUCUAUGAGUAUGUCUGGUCAAUACAUUUCGCCUGCACAGGUGGCAAUCAGAAAUCAAGUGAAUGAGAUCGUGUCUCGAUUACCUCCAGAAAUGCAACAGAUUGCGCAACAGCAAAUAAGUAGUGAACCAAAUAUUGAAAUAAAGAAACAAAUUGCCGAGAAUUAUUUACGCAGCAAUCAAAUGCGGAUGGCACCAAUAUAUAAUUCACAGGGUCCACAGUCGAUCAUGGUAAAUGCGAGUGCAAAUCAAAAAGUAGGGUUGACUUCAGGCAGUAUUGGAAGUGGAAGUAUAGCCCGAGUAGGAGUCCAACAGUCUGUUUCUAUGGGACAGGCUGUCUUUCCCAAUCAGAACUCUCCAAUGCAAACCAAUUUGAGCACAGCAAGUCAACCCCAAGUUUCCAUGCAGAGAUCUUCCAAUCACGGCUUCAUAACCGGAGGUUUACAACAAUCACAAAACUUUACGAUUCAAGAGGCUACAACUUCUUCAUCAGUCAUGCCGAAUUACAACUCUUCUUUGGCGUCUAACAUUCAGCAACCGUCGUCAGUUCGACCAGCCAUCCAGCAAAAUUUGGGCUUGCAACAGAGGGGUCCGAAUAGUGUCCCUUCAGUGAUUUACGCCCAAAGUCACCCUCAAGGUUCAGUUGAAAGCAGUGUUCCUUCACAACCUCCUCCAAAUCAAGAAGAAGAGAGGGUUUCUGCAGCGGACAAAGCGUUGUAUGAAAAAAAACUUGCCGAUUUGAAGGUUCACCACGAUCAAAUCAAAAGGCUGAAGGAACGUCAGACGUAA